CAUUACACUUUACCGGCGUCCGUAGUGUAGCGGCGGCGACUCAUGAGACACACGCAGGGAACUGUUCUCCUUUAGCCGCGGUUUAAACGUACAUCCAGCUGAGUUACUCCUGUCGAAAUGUUGUGUUUAAGCGGGUUGUCGGUGGCGCUUGCUCUCGCUCUGGUGCCGGGUCCCGCUGAAGCCCUGAAAGAAGGAGAGUGUGAAGUGUGUGUGACCUUCCUUGGGAGGUUUUACCAGUCACUAAAAGACAACGAUGUAAAGUUCAACAGCGCAGACAUUGAGAAGGCCAUCAUCAAGAGCUGCAAAGAUGUUAAAGGCAAAGAAAACCGCUUUUGUUACUACAUCGGGGCAACAAGUGACGCAGCCACCAAGAUGAUCAACGAGGUUUCCAAACCGCUGAGCUACCACGUCCCGGUGGAGAAGAUCUGUGAGAAACUGAAGAAGAAGGACAGUCAGAUCUGUGAACUGAAAUACGACAAACAACUGGACCUGACCACAGUGGACCUCAAGAAGCUCAAAGUGAAGGACCUGAAGAAGAUUCUGGAGGAGUGGGGCGAGUCCUGUAAAGGAUGCGCCGAAAAGUCCGACUUCAUCCGCAAAAUCACAGAGCUCAUGCCCAAGUACGCCCCCGCAGCCGCCAAGGCACGGACAGAACUGUAACUGUACAAACACAAAACACAACAACAACAACAACAACAACAACAACACAAACAACUCUGGACUUGACUCGGACCAGACUGGUAUCCAGUGAGGAGGACCAGGAGCGGAGGAGGGGAGUUUAGUCUGAUAUGUUUGUUUAUUUUAUUUUAUUUUAUUUUUUGAGGGUAUACACUCAUCAGGUAAUUCAGAAGCAUAGAUGUUAGUGUAUACACAUAAGGCUGAAGUCCCAUACUAUACUUUGUGUGAAGGGAUGAACAGUGUUUUGCUGUCAUGGGAUGCAACGUUGAGAAUUAAUUCAUAACACAGGAGCACAGAUUACAGGGGGGGAUUGGUGGAACGGUUGGAGGUUUUCUGCUCAUGUAGUCGAUACGUUUCACAGCACGAGGUUUAGAUACGUGGCUGUAUUCUCCAUCAGUGUCAGCAUCCUCAAAUUGGAGGUGAGAGUUUCUGCUCGAAUGCACCCCAGCAAGAACGUGUUUGUUGUCCGCUGUGCUGCCCAGGAUCUCCCACUCGAUCCAGGAUUCGAAUCGGUUGAGAAAACCCGCCUCUCCCAGCGCCACCCUGACACCCAAUAGGAUCUUAAUACCAGGAUUGCUGUUUGGAAAAGUCGUCAUGUUUUGAUGAAUGUGUUAGGCCUCCUGUAAUAUUGCUCAACUUAACUUCAGUUUCCAUGACGUCCUGUGGAGGAGGGUGAGCGCCGCGUCCCACCCAUACCGAGACUUAAAGGAAUAGUUUGACAUUUUGGGGAAUGGACUUAUUUACUCUCCUCCUGAGAGUUAGAUGAGAAGAUCCCUCGCGCUCUCGUGUCUGUUCGUUAAAUGUGGGUUAGUUUAGCUUAGCAUAAAGAUUGUUUCAGUCUGAAGGUAACAAAAUCCACCUUUUUAAAACUCAUUAAUUAACAGGUUUUGGACCAAAAACGUGCAGUGAAUGAGCAAACUUCCCACAAUGUCAAACCUUUGCUUCAAGGCCUGAGUUAAUGUCUGAUUGAGACAUUCAGAUCUCCAAUACUUUCCCCCUUUAUUACCUCCACUGAAGUCUCUUUGUUUCAGUUUACUGUUUCCAAAGUCGCCCAUAUUCCAACCCAGAGUCAUAGUCAAACAAAAGUGCAGUUAUUAAAAAAAGUGAAAACAA